GGCUAAUAAUACUGGAAUACAAAGAAAUAAAAUAGCUGCUAUGCUUUUUUAUUGAAAUAUUUCUGUAUUUAUUGUUUUGGAUAACACAAUGUUACAUUGACGCGACUGGGUCUAAUAGCUAUGCGUUUUAGCAUCCUGCUGCUUGAAAUCGCUUUUCUGUGUACGCUUUCUCGCACUUUGAACAUAAUGUUCUGCAUAGCAGAGAAUCUUUGUAUGCUGUAGGUGACUCGUCAUAAAACCACACAGACAGUUUCCUCUCAAUGAUAUCCUGUAAAAUACGCUUCCGGAAUUACGCAUUCACCUUGAAUAUAGUCGUCUUUUAAUCUUUUUAAACGAUCAAGUACAGCCUUUAACCCAGGUGUAAUUAAAACUGCAGUACUGUACUUCAAAUCCUGUUCUGUGCCGCGCAUGCGUUCAGGAGGUUGAGGCGCUGGACAGCUCCCCGCUGAACUCAGAGAGGUUUUAGACGCACGGGGGAAACAGCUCGUCUGUUGAAGACUCAGCAGCAAGAGCUCUAACAAAAACAAGGAGCCCGCGGGGAAGAGAGGGGGUCGCAUUUGGUGGGAGCAUUAAACUAAUAAACGAAAAUGUCAAACAUCUGUUGCAGGACAGAAGAUGAAACCAACACUUUGAUGGAGUGAAAAUACUUUGAAACACUACAUCGAAACAAGAAGAACUCCCAGCACAGCACAGGAUUAUGCAGUGCUAACGUAAGAAUCGGGAUGAGUUUCUGUGGCCCCUGCUCGUUGAUCGCCGCCUGUCUUUUAUUCUCCCUCGCAGCCCGGAUCACCGACGGUGCUGAAUGUACUCCUAAUUGCAACCCCAUGAACGGAGUCUGCGAGGAGGCUGGUGAAUGCAGAUGUAACCCUGGCUGGCAGGGCCCGCGGUGUGAGCAGUGUGCUCCUUCCCCUGGCUGUCUCCACGGCUCCUGUAUUACACCGUGGCAGUGCAUUUGUGACCCGGGAUGGGUGGGAAGUCACUGUAACAUAGGAUGUAAAUGGUUGGAUACAAAGCCCUGUUCUAACAACUCUACAUGUAUAGAGACUGGCGAUGGUGGUUACAUCUGUAUCUGUGCACAGGGAUAUACAGGGAGAGAUUGCCAUGUGAAGACUGGACCCUGCUACACCAAUGGCUCUCCUUGCCAGAAUGGUGGAUCCUGCAUUGAUGCCCAUGGAUCUGCCCCACACUCUUCCUGUUUGUGCCCCUCGGGUUUUACUGGAGAUUUCUGUGAGCUAGAUGUAGAUGGCUGUGAGUCUGAACAGUGUAUGAAUGGUGGAAGGUGUGUGGACCACAGCUCGGACCACGGUUGUGCUUGUCCUGAGGGCUUUGUUGGCAAGACCUGCAAUGAAAACGUGAUCCCCUGCCUGAGCCGUCCAUGUGAGAAUGGAGCGACAUGCAAUGGACGCCCGGACGGGGGAUUUCAGUGCACCUGCAAGCCAGGAUUCUUUGGGAAAACCUGCAGCUCCCAUAAAGUGAAGCCCCCCAGUCAUGCCCAGCACUCCAGCCUGCCCUCGCAUGUCUUUCACAAGAUGAUGCACCACAAGGACCGAGAGGUGCUGAAGGUCACAGUGAAGGAAGCGCUGCACAGCUCCGGCUCCCUGCUCAGUAAGAGCCAGCUGGUGUGUUUCAUUGUGCUUGGCUUGCUCACCUGCCUUGUGGUCCUUGGCACGACUGGCAUCGUUUUCUUCUCCAAAUGGGAGACUUGGAUGGCCAACACCAAGUACAGCCAGCUGGUGAAAAAGCAGAGGAAUCACUUCUUAAAGGCAAACAACGGCGAAGAGCAUUCUGUCAACAUCAUCAUGCCUGAGAAAAUCAAACUGAGCAACUACGUAAAAAAUUACACCUCCAUCUGAGCUGCGCCGCUGCCCAUUCCUCAAAGAAGUGUGCGUCAUGACGUGUAAAAUAUCUUCAGAGCUCCGCGGAGUACCAUAUUCCAGGCAGGAAGACUUUUUGCUGUGCAGUUUUAUUUAAUAAUAGAUUUCAUUACUUCAGUUCAGCCUCAAAAUGGAGCCAUACUGUUUACACAGUUAAAUGCCAUGAUAUCAAGCAAGGUUAGAAUAGUAUCUCAAACUGCAGAUAUGUUUUUAAAGAAUAUCUCAUUGUAAUAAUGUGUCCUUCAUGGUCAGGGAAGGAGGUGACAGGAGCAACUCACUCUGAUCUUACCAUUCAGUCUCAUGGCUCAUGGAAACUGAUGGAUUCACCUCCACAGGGGUCUUUCCACUCAUGUGACCUGAUCUGGAUUCAUCAGGGUCUUACAUCAGUACCAAGGCAAGUGAAUGAAGGCUCAGUCGAACGUGGAACAGGAUUCUCUCGGUUUUCAGUGUUUGUGUAUUUUGUCAGACAGCUGUUAUGAAUAUUCAUUCAUAGUAUGGUGCUUUAAUGAGUAUUUCUAUCUCUUGUUUUCAUAUACACUGUGCCAAAUGAAAGUGUAAUAUCCGAACCAAACUCUCUAACUGACUUGCACACAGAAAGCAAGCAUGCAGCAGCUUACUGCAGAACCUGUUACACUACGAACAAUGUAUGUAUCUAUAUAGAGAUAUAGUGGAUGGGUUAUAAACCAAUGAAAUAUGAUUCAUUUCUAAAGUAGGUUGACGUAUACAAUAGAAUAUCAUUGUCAAACAUUUCAGCUUUAAACAGUAGAGCUUAUCAAGUAUUACUGGGUUUUUGCUGAUUAGUUUCUGUUUCAAAUUUAUGUGCAAUUCUCCUGGUCUUUUUACAAAAUAAAAAAAAAGGUUG